CACACUUUGAUAGCAGUAAUUUUUGAAGAUGCGAGAGUUACAAUGACAUUUCCACUAUAUAUUGUAGACCACUGGGACCGUCCAGAACUUAUGGACUUUGUGGCUAAUCAUUUUGAAGAACUCUUCAAUUUUGACUUGGGAGGGAUCCAAGUUCCCCAACCCCUGGAGGAGUUUUCAAUCCCUGAGCUAUUUGAUAUCAGAACAUGUUUCGUCAGCCAAAUGACUCGGCCGGAGAUGAAUUGGGCGACAGAGAAGAUCGUGCGCUGUGUGGCCUUCAUGACCACAAACGUCAUUGUGCCAGCUCUAACCAUAUGCAACAGCAUCGAGGGGACCUUUACCCCGGGGGGCAGGGGGUGGACUACUGCCAUCGUCCCACAAUGUCUUCCAGAGCAGCUGGACCAUCUUACGGCCGGUGACAUCUGUCUGUCAGAAAUGCCCGAGGAGAUACCCUACCGUCGGAACCUGCGCUGCAGGACAAUGCCACCCAUCCAGAAUGGCCACGGGAUCACGGUCGAGGGUGCCCGCUCCCUGGCCAGGGCACUGGUGCAGAGCCUGGCUCCUGGACAGACCCUGUGGAAGAGGGACUCCUAUCAAGGCACCUCAGACCUGUUUGCGGCCCUCGUCAAGCAGAGAAAGCACCCUACGGCGAUUUGGCUCACGCAGUCCGUCAUUGCGGAGUACGCUGGCCGGCUGUGCCAACUCCGAAGGAAGCUUGCACAGGCAGAGGAGGAGGUCAAGGACACCACUGAUGUCGCUGCUGCGUCCCCACCCCUUGGCUUCCAGAGGUUUGCGGUGCUCUUCAUCAGCCACUUUGCAAUGGAGGCCAGCCGUAUCCUCCUGGAGUGCCUGGCCAACGCCCCAAGGGCAGUUUGGUUGCAGGUGAUGUGGCCUGCCUCACCAGCAGAAAUGCUGUUCUACCCUCAGAUGUUUGAGCCAGACAGGGAGUUGAAGAUAAACUUAGUGCUGGAGCAGAUCUAUAAGAGAGUGAGCGACUUCACUGCCCUGGCCUUAGAGCAGACGGACAACGAGAGAGUUCUCCGCGUUCUACCGUUCCUCGGAGUGGACAAUGAGGACACCGCCCCUGAGGUGGCCGAGGACGUGCCUGUCAGCAGUGCCGUGCCUCAGAUGCAGGUCUCCCAGGCCCAGACUUCUGGUGCUGACAGUCAGCUCUCAGGAAAUAGCAGGAGACGCAGAUUCUCAUUCCGUGCCUUCUUCCACCGAAAUAAUAGAGUUAUGAAUGCUCUGGUGCCUUGCCCAGCAGUGAUGGAGGAGCAUAACAGUGACAGCAGGAGGAGGCCAUCACUGAGGUCCAGAGUGACCUCUGCCCUGAAGAAGCUCUGCUGCUGCUGCUGCAGGGCUGAGGAGUGACCCCUAGUGGCAGGGGAGGGGACGGGUGUGGAGAUGGGAGAGGAGCGUGGUGGCCAAGCAGAAGAGCAGAAAAGGAGUAGAGGGGGGUCAUCACUGGAACGGCCCCAGCUUAUCUGAGGGACACAAGGCCGUAUAUUGCCAUACAGUGCCACCAGUUAGUAUUGGCACCCUUGAAGCUUACGCACCUUAUGAGACAUAUCUCCAGACAACAAAUAAUAAGGUCAACCAUGACUUUUCUAUAGAUAGCUUGUGGUUGAUACUAAAUGUAAAAAUGAUCAACAGCAAGGAAUACUAUGAGGGAGAAAAAUUGAAGAAGCUAAAGCUCCUGGAACCACUGGUAUUGGCACCCUUUACUGGAUACCAUUGUGGAAACCUAAUUUGACUCACAUAUGGUAGAUAAUAAAUGGGAAUCACCUAUGACCAAUUGCUUUUGCCCAUAGGAUAUGAAUAAGGCAAGGAGUUUUUUAUAUUUGUGUUUUAAAUAGCCACCUGUUACAUCUUGUGCGUCUUUGACAAAUGUGAAGACAGAUGGGCUGCCUGAGGACACCAGAAAUACUAUUUUUUGCAACAACAAGACCUCCAAAUAAUAAAAGGUCAUCUCAAAAGACCCUAGUAUGCCAUUUCCAACACUGUGUUGUGUUAUUCAGAUAUUUGCCAAACAGGGAGCUGUAAAGAACAUCCUUGGAUGUGGGGUUAAGGGAAGAAAUGAUGAUAGUAGUCUGUAUAAGUCGGUGCAAAUAAUGACAAAACACAGGGUCUAACAUCUAAAGACCUGAAGGUCAACUUUGAACUGUUUUGGGAAGUUUUUUCCAAUAAGCAUCACAAGUUAAACACUACACAAAGUUUUGUUUUUUGGUUGGAGGCAAAGACAGACCACAUUGCUUCAUGAAAGUCAUAAAGGAACACCUGAAGUCUGUAUAAGAGAAUACAGGGAAAGCACAGCCCUUUUAUGAAUGUUUUAAGGUCAGAUGAAGCAAUAGUACAGCUUUUCAGUGAUGCACACAAACAGCAUGUUUGCAUAUUCUGCAAGAAAGUCUUUAAGGAAAAGGACACCCUACCAAAAAUCAAGCAUGAUGUCAGAUCUAUAAUAUUAUGUCACCCCAUUGAUGCAUUAGGUAUUGGAGGCUUUGACCAUAUCACGGGUAUCAUGACAGGCAUCACAGGUAUCAUCAUUUACAGGAAAAUGUGUAACCAUGUCCAAGAACACUUGGUUUGAGGUGAAGAUCAUGUUCAGCAAGACAAAAACCCAAAGCACACAUCCAAAUGCACACAUCCAAAUGCCACUAGGGAAGUGCAAGAAGCUCGUAGACGAAUACCAAAACCUUUGGAGGCUGCUUUUGCUGUCUAAUGGUGUGAGACCAAUCUGUUAAGGAGGGGUGCCAAUAUUCAUGGACAUGCCCUUUUUCAUGUUUUUGCUUGAAAUUCCAAAAUUCAUUUGGAA